GGUGUGAUAAAUAUAAGAUGCCAUUGUUUUUACCUGUACUUUCUUCAGGGUAUCCUGUCUUGGUAGUGAAUGGAAGAGGGCCUGGUCCCUGGGGCAGUGCAGAAGGCACUUUCAUCAUCUCACUCACUGCAAAUGUCAUGUGAGGUUUCAUGGAAGUAUUAAGAGAUCCAAUUAAGAAGAAUAGUUCUGAGUCUAAACCAGCCCAGAGUGGCUUCUCUAGGGGAAACUCCCCGCUCAGCUGCCCUGAAUCUGUGGAGGCUAGUCCAGCAGUUAAUGAGAAGAGCGUGUAUUCCACUCAUAAUUAUGGGACCACUCAGAGGCUGGGGUGUCGAGGACUGCCUUAUGCUGAUCAUAAUUACGGAGCCCCUCCUCCUCCGACACCUCCUGCUUCUCCCCCUGUCCAGACGAUCAUCCCUCGUUCUGACCUGAAUGGCCUGCCGUCGCCCGUAGAGGAACGCUGUGGAGACAGCCCGAACUCUGAAGGAGAGACUGUUCCUACCUGGUGUCCUUGUGGUCUUUCUCAGGAUGGCUUCCUUCUCAACUGUGACAAGUGCAGGGGAAUGAGCAGGGGGAAGGUUAUUAGACUUCAUCGGCGGAAGCAGGACAACAUAUCAGGUGGGGAUAGCAGUGCAACAGAAAGCUGGGAUGAGGAGCUUUCUCCUUCCACUGUGUUGUAUACAGCAACACAGCACACACCUACAAGCAUCACCUUAACUGUUAGAAGAACCAAACCCAAGAAGCGGAAAAAGAGUCCAGAAAAGGGUCGUGCAGCACCAAAGACGAAGAAAAUCAAGGCAUUUCGAGAGGGAUCCCGGAAGUCCUUGCGGAUGAAGAAUUCUCCCUCUGAAGCACAGAAUUUAGAUGAGAAUACAACUGAGGGCUGGGAAAAUCGAAUAAGACUAUGGACUGAUCAGUAUGAAGAAGCCUUCACUAAUCAAUACAGUGCAGAUGUACAAAACGCCCUUGAACAACAUCUGCAUUCUAACAAGGAAUUUGUGGGCAAACCUGCUAUUUUAGACACUAUUAAUAAGACUGAAUUGGCCUGUAACAAUACAGUUAUUGGUUCCCAAAUGCAGUUACAGCUGGGAAGAGUCACUCGUGUUCAAAAGCAUCGCAAAAUCCUGAGGGCUGCAAGAGAUCUGGCUUUGGAUACUCUUAUAAUAGAGUAUCGUGGGAAAGUCAUGUUACGGCAACAAUUUGAGGUCAAUGGGCAUUUCUUCAAAAAACCGUAUCCCUUUGUGCUCUUCUACUCAAAAUUCAAUGGUGUAGAGAUGUGUGUGGAUGCCCGUACUUUCGGUAAUGAUGCUCGGUUCAUCAGAAGAUCAUGUACACCAAAUGCAGAGGUGAGACACAUGAUUGCAGACGGGAUGAUUCACCUGUGUAUCUAUGCUGUAUCUGCCAUCACCAAGGAUGCUGAGGUCACCAUUGCAUUUGAUUAUGAGUAUAGUAACUGUAAUUAUAAAGUGGACUGUGCAUGUCACAAGGGGAACCGGAAUUGCCCUAUUCAGAAAAGGAAUCCUAAUGCUGCCGAAUUGCCACUCCCACCCCCUCCAACCCUACCCAUCAUUGGAGCAGAGACCAGACGUAGAAAAGCACGACGGAAAGAGCUAGAGAUGGAGCAGCAGAAUGAAGCUCCAGAAGAAAAUAAUGACCAGCAACCACAAGAAGUUCCAGAAAAAGUAAAUGUAUCCAGUGAUCAUGAGGAAGUAGACAAUCCAGAAGAAAAACCGGAAGAAGAGAAAGAAGAAGUUAUUGAUGACCAGGAGAACCCAGCUCAUAGCAGGAGGACCCGGGAGGAUAGAAAGGUUGAAGCCAUCAUGCAUGCUUUCGAAAAUUUAGAAAAAAGAAAGAAACGGCGGGAUCAGCCCUUGGAGCAGAGCAGUUCUGACAUCGAGAUUACUGCCACCACCUCAGAGACUCUUACUGGAGAAGAGACAAAAACUGAGGCUCCAGAAUCUGAAAUUAGCAACCCUGCUUCAAACAUUGCCAUCCCUAGCACCCCACAAACUAUUGGUGUGAACACCCGGAGGUCUUCUCAAGCAGGGGAUAUUGCAGCAGAAAAAACAGUCCCCAAACCACCUCCAGCAAAGCCUUCUAGGCCCCGACCGAAGAGUCGAAUUUCUCGGUACCGGAGCAGUUCAGCCCAAAGACUAAAGCGCCAGAAGCAGGCCAGUGCACAACAGGCAGAAUUGUCACAAGCUGCCUUGGAAGAAGGAGGAAAUAAUAGCUCAGUAACUCCUACUGAAGCUGGAAGUAUAGAGAGUUCAGGAGAAAACAGACAGUUACCAGGCACUGACCCAACUGUGCUAUCAGUUACCGGAUCCCAUGUCAACCGUGCUGUAACUAAGUACCCAAAAACCAAAAAGUAUCUAGUUACAGAAUGGUUGAAUGACAAAGCAGAGAAGCAAGAGUGCCCUGUGGAAUGUCCCUUACGUAUCACCACAGAUCCAACUGUACUGGCCACAACCCUGAACAUGUUACCGGGUCUUAUUCAUUCCCCAUUAAUUUGCACCACCCCAAAACACUACAUUCGCUUUGGCUCACCUUUUAUGCCUGAGAGGCGUCGAAGGCCCCUUCUGCCUGAUGGCACAUUCAGCUCCUGUAAGAAGCGCUGGAUAAAGCAAGCCUUGGAAGAAGGGAUGACUCAAACAUCAUCUGUACCCCAAGAGAGUAGAACUCCACACCUAUACCAAAGUAAUGAGAAUAGUAAUUCUUCUAGUAUCUGUAAAGACAAUGCAGUUCACUCCCUAACCCCAGAGCCCGAGUCCCUGUCACCCGAGCUUUGUCACCGAAAAGACCUGGAUUUAACAAAAGUAGGAUAUCAUGACUCCAACACUAACAGCUGUGCUGACAGACCUUCCAUGCUUAACUCAAGUCAUUCUGACCUGGCUCCUCAUCCCUCUCUUGGGCCCACCUCAGAGACUGGCUUCCCAAGUAGGAGUGGAGAUGGACCUCAAAGUCUUGUGAGAAACUCGGACCAGGCAUUUCGGACAGAGUUCAACUUGAUGUAUGCCUACUCCCCUUUGAAUGCUAUGCCUCGAGCAGAUGGAUUAUAUAGAGGGUCUCCCCUAGUAGGGGAUAGGAAGCCUUUGCAUUUGGACGGGGGAUAUUGUUCCCCUGCAGAAGGGUUUUCCAGCAGAUAUGAUCAUGGAUUUAUGAAAGACCUCUCUCGUGGAUCCAUGUCACCUGGUGGUGAACGCGCCUGUGACGGAGUUCCAUCUGCCCCCCAGAACCCACCACAGAGGAAAAAGGUAUCCCUGCUGGAGUACCGAAAACGGAAACAAGAAGCCAAGGAGAAUUCUGGUGGGGUCAACGACUCGGCACAGAGCAAAAGCAAGGCCGCAGGAGCUGGGCAGGGCAGCAGUAACUCUGUUUCUGACACUGGUGCCCAUGGUGUUCAGGGAUCUUCAACUCGAGUCCCAUCCUCCCCUCACAGAAAGUUCUCCCCAUCUCAUUCCUCUAUGUCACAUUCGGAGGCAGUAAGCCCAUCAGAUUCCAGGGGCACUUCAUCUCACUGCAGACCUCAAGAGAAUAUCAGCAGUAGAUGGAUGGUUCCCACAUCAGUAGAACGACUCCGAGAAGGAGGAAGUAUCCCUAAGGUCCUCCGAAGCAGUGUGAGAGUGGCCCAGAAGGGAGAGCCUUCUCCCACGUGGGAGAGUAACAUCAUUACAGAGAAAGAUUCAGACCCUGCAGAUGGAGAAGGCUCAGAAACAUUGAGCUCAGCGCUCUCAAAAGGAGCCACUGUUUACAGCCCUUCCAGAUACAGCUACCAGCUCCUGCAGUGUGAUAGUCCACGGACAGAAUCACAAAGCCUCCUUCAACAGAGCUCCUCCCCCUUCAGAGGACACCCCACCCAAUCUCCAGGAUACAGUUAUCGAACUACUGCACUGAGACCUGGGAAUCCCCCCUCACAAGGCUCUUCAGAAUCAUCCCUCUCUUCCACCUCUUACCCCAGCCCAGCCCACCCUGUGUCUACAGACUCCAUGGCUCCCCUCCCGGGGACACCAGGGUAUUAUAGCAGCCAGCCACAUUCUGGAAACAGCACUGGCAGCAAUCUUCCAAGGAGGAGCUGUCCUUCUAGUGCUGCUAGCCCUGCCCUACAGGGCCCCUCAGACUCACCAACCUCAGACUCAGUUUCUCAGUCCAGCACAGGAACUCUGAGUUCCACCUCCUUUCCUCAGAACUCUAGGUCGUCAUUGCCAUCUGACUUACGGACUAUCAGUCUGCCCAGCGCUGGGCAGUCAGCUGCCUACCAGGCCUCCAGGGUAUCUGCGGUUUCCAAUUCACAGCACUACCCACACCGUGGGAGUGGGAGUGUGCACCAGUACCGACUCCAGCCACUGCAAGGGUCAGGAGUCAAGACUCAGACAGGACUUUCCUAGGGCUUCUGGAUAUGGGCAAACAGAACUGAACAAGCCCAUAGCUGCUUCCUUCCAGCUGCCUCUGGAACCUAGGCCGAGCAUAUUGCUGGUGAAGGGGGUUGCAAGAUGCCAGAGGAUUGGGUCUGGUCUGCAAGAAACAAGACUUGUGGUCGUGGCUGGCCUCUGGCCUUGGGGAACGAUGUAAAUCUUGUCUGAAGCAGAGACUAUAAAGAAGUUUCUCCCUGCUGUUAAGGGUACAUUGUUGACAAGCAAAUGGUGUUCCGGUUAGUAACGGUUCUAAGUGCAAUGAGUUGUGUUGAGCCUCUGUCUCCCAUCCUUGCCUGUAGCCCGUAGUCACUUGUGCAGUGAGGACAUCUUUUUAAAUAAAUAAUAAGAAAAAAAAGUUUUCCUUUCAAAAGAAAAAAAAAUUGAAAAGAGCCAAUCUCAAAGCCCCAAGCCAUUUGCGUAGUGUUAAGGUUUUAUGCACUUGAGAGAAAAAAAGGUAGGUAUACAAAUGUCACCGUAAGACGACCAUUCCAGAAGCAAAUGCGUGUCCAAGGUGUGUCCGGCAAGAGCACUCCCUACCUUUGUCAUUAAAUCACCAGGGAAGAGGCAUGGAAAGUAAAGCUUGGAGCUUGCUCUGAUUGAGGGGUGCUUGGCUCUCGGAAGAUCUCAUGGUCAGUUCUUGAUUAUCUGGGAGCAGAUUGAGUAGAUUGAGGCCCAGCUGUUAUCAUCCAAGUCCUCCUUCUCAAGCCAUUUCAGAGCUUAAUAACCCAUGAAGUAAGUAGAGAAAAGUGAAAUGAGAAACAAGGUGGUCCCAUUGCGUUCAUUGGGUUCCUACUUAGCAGCUUGGGAGAGAAGAUUGAAUUAGAGAGGUCGGAGUGGUCUGGGAAUACUUUGAAGUUUUAUUUUUUUACUCCCAACUAAUCAGGACUUGACGAUCUCAUGAGUAGGACUGCCUCCCUGAUCGGGAGCGUGCACUCGUGGCUGCAGGGUAAGAGUGGGAAUAUAGGUUUAUAGAGUGGCACCGACAGGACUGUGAUUGUGUGUGGGCCUGCCCCACGUUUCUUUGGGGGGAUGCUUCUGUGCGAGUGGGCCGGUGAGAGGUACCCAGCCCCACCCAUACCCCUAACACUGCUCUGGAUGAGAGAUGAGAACAGACUGGCUUCUCCCCAUCAGUGCAUUGUGCCUGUUGUACACCCCUGGAGGAGCCCUGGAGCCAGCCCAGGUGGGGUACACAAUCUUUUUAAAUUCCAUAUGGUUGCCAGCUUCUUUCUUUCCCUUGUUUACUGUAAUAUCCAGCGUGUUUUUAUUUAUCUAAUUUUGUAUUCAGUUAUAACCAUGGUAGGGUAGUGAAUAUAUGACAGGUGUAAUCCCUGGUGCUGCAGUGGACCUUACUUCUUUUCUUUUGGACAAGAUAAUACUGUGAGUCUCCCUUCUACUUUCUCAUUUGUGUUCUCCUUUUACCCCACCUCUUGCAUCCCCUUUUCUAUGCUGUCCUACAACGAUCAUAUGCACAGCCUUCUCUCUUUGUGUGUGACUGUUACAAAAUUUCACUUUUCAAAAUUGAAAUCAGGUGUUUGCUCAAAUGAGGGGAGAUUUUUAUUAUUUUAUGCUGAGACCUCAGCAGAGUACCUUUCUUUUUGUUUCCCCCACAAACCCAUCAGUCUGGGAGAGCGUUGGGAGUGGAAAUCAUGUUGCCUGGGAUGCCGGUUUCUUUGUAUAUUAUAUAAAACGUAUGUAAAUGUCUCUCCAUUUGGGCUGGGGUUUGCAUUCUCCUCUUGGCUGUUGGCCAAGGGGAGAGGCCAGCGGGCAGGCGGCCCUCACCCUGCCUGGCACGUGCAGAGACCCCAGCCACUCUGUGUGGGCAGGGUGCUGUCAAGACCAGACCUCUGGGGGGGGUGGGGGCGGGGGGAAGGGGAACUCUUGGAAGGAAAGAAGUAUCACUUCUUUCUCAAGUGGAGUGUUUACACCUUGCUGUAACAUUUGAACUUUCACAAGAGAUGUAAUAAUUUUGAUAAUAAAAUUCUUAACCAUAAUAAUCAUAAA